UAAUAUAAAUAGUACGACGUUACAAUACUUUAACAAAAUAUUAAUUCUGACAUAUGACUAGAUGUCAAUGAAUAGAUAUCACUAACAAUCUGAAGGUAACUGCUGGUAAUGCAGCGCCCUCACUUUCACGAACUAAACGCUUUCAUUUUUUGUGACCCAAAUUGUUCUUAUAAAUUCACAUUCAGAAUAUAUAUAUGUGCAUGUAUAUAUUCAUUCAAUCAAGUUAACUACUUGAAUAAAAUGUCAAAUUAAAAAAUUACAAGUUUUAUAUUAAUAAUAAAUGAAAUAACUUCGACGUAAUCGACAUUAAAAUCAAAAUUAUAAAUAGGUUACUUGAAUAAAGAGUAAAGUAAUGUUUAUAUGAAUUUGGUGACGUUACGUUAGAAAUAAAAUAAUAUAAAUUAAAUCCAUUCAAUUGUCAUUGUGUGUUAAACUUAUCAUUAUUUCUUAUUUAUUUAUAUAAAAUAAUUGAAUAUUAACAAAUUAUAAACAUAAAAGUGUACUGUGUGCAAAAAUUAAUCUCGCGAAAUAAAAAUCUUAAUUAAAUCGAUAUACGAAAGUAUGAUGAGUUUUCGAUUAUCGAUGAUUUAAUCGUAAAUAAAUUAAAUUUAAAAGACAAAUUGUUGCACUUAUUCUGAAGAUUACAUAUCAAAAGUAACAACGUAAGUGUACGAUUCACGUAUGUAGUUUCACAAUUUGUGGUGUGUGUGUCCUAUGUAUACAUAACUUGUAUGUGUGUUAUUGCAAUAAUUCUUUCUUCACAUUUCGAUAGUAAAGCGAUUAAUGUUAAUUGUCAAAUAAUUUUCGUUAAAAAUAUUUGUAAACGUAGAGCGUGUCUCUUCACCUCUUCAAAAGUAACGGUACAUAUAACGCAUACAUAUGUGCAUAUGAACAUGUAUAUGUAUACACAUAUAUCGUAUAUUUGAGCUUUCUCGUUGAUCUGUGCCAUCGAAACCAAACUUCGAAGGGGACCGAUCGAUCUUUGUCCAGUUUUAUGCGAAAUAUCGAAGGAAGUAACGGAAAAGGUGUUGUAUUUAGUUAAUUAAUAUAAGGCACAAAGUUUCACGUUAUGGGGUUCGAUGUGAACCGUUUUCAAGGAGAAGUGGACGAGGAACUCGUUUGUCCAAUCUGUUCCGGUGUUCUUGAAGAUCCCGUUCAGGUGAGGAAUAUGUUGCAGGCUCCUGUAUGCGAACAUGCCUUCUGUCGUUCAUGUAUCAACGAAUGGAUUAACAGACAACCAACGUGUCCUUUGGAUCGUACUCCAAUUACCUCUGCACAACUAAGAACAGUACCAAGAAUUCUUAGAAAUUUAUUGGCUCGCUUAUGUAUUACUUGCGAUAAUAUUGUGUAUGGAUGUCAAGUAAGCAUCAAGUUGGACAGUUUAGUAUCACAUUUGGAACAAUGCGAAUAUAACCCUAAAAGACCAAUGUUAUGCGAACAAGGUUGUAGUCUCAUCAUUCCAAAAGAUGAGUUGAAAGAUCACAAUUGCGUAAGAGAAUUAAGAAAUUUAAUUCAGUCUCAACAGCAAAAGUUAACAGAUAUGAAACGAGAAUUAGGUGAACAACAACUUCAAAUAAAUGAACAUAAGCGAGAAAUACAUUUAUUAAAAGAUUUUAUGAGAGCAUUAAGAAUAUCGAAUCCAGCAAUGAGAGCUAUUGCUGAUCAAAUGGAAAGAGACGAAGUUGUAAGAUGGUCUGCAACUCUUCCACGUGCCAGAGUUACAAGAUGGGGUGGUAUGAUCUCAACUCCUGAUGAAUCGUUGCAGAUAAUGGUGAAAAGAACAUUGUCAGAAAAUAAUUGUCCACCUCACAUAAUCGAUGAACUAAUGGAAAAUUGUCAUGAAAGAAAAUGGCCAUCGGGUUUAAAUUCUUUAGAAACUAGACAAAAUUCCAGAAGACAAUAUGAAUAUUACAUAUGCAAGAGAGUGCCUGGAAAGCAGGCUGUUUUAGUCCUCCAUUGCGAUAAUACGCAUAUGCCAGAAGAUAUGAUUAUUGAACCUGGUUUAGUAAUGAUUUUUGCCCAUGGUAUUGAAUGAAUAAACAUAGGGAAAAAGAAAACCCCAUUAAAUAUUAUGGUAUUUUUAGGAAGAAAAAUGAACUUUAACAAGUUGAGUGUAUCUACUUGAUGUUUGCUAUGAUUUAUCUCAACGACGCAUACAAAAAAAUUAGUUUUAUUAAUAUGUGUGCACAAUCUAAGAGAUAUGGGUGGUAUUAAAUGUCUCUCGCAAACUAUUUCUGUUUGCAAAUAUAGUUUAACAAAAAAAAAAAAAAAAAAAAAAAAAAAGAAACAU